ACUCUGACUGCCAUACUAAUGAACCUAAUGAACCCGGCUCUGUUGUUGUGGUCAAGCUGCACAUUCGGUACCACAUAGACCCGGGUUUAAGGUUGGGGUGACUGCUCUCUCCCUUCGCUACAGAUUGCAUAUUAGUUCUGAAAGCAUAUACGCCCUCAUGAUUUUAAUUGUUUAUCAGCUUGAAUUCAUAACUUGCCAGAUAUAGCAGGCUUAAGAGGCGGCUUGAUUUUUGGGGAAAAACAGUAUGUGUAGAUUUACAGAUAUUUUCCUGGAUAGAAAAGCUACUGUGCACAUAAAAACACAUGCUGUCUCAAUUGCUAUUACAGGAUCACACAUAGGUUACUAUUGAAAAUGUAUAUUAGUACUGCAAGAAGCUUUAGAUAAAAGCGUCUGCUAAAGGAAUACAUGUCACUGUAAAUGUAAUGCUACUGCAUGAUAUCUCUAUUGCUUUAGUGCCUCUUCAGUGAAUGCGCGGCCACAGUCUGACAGUCUGACGUCAGCCGGACCUGCCAAAAAGGGGAACGCGCGAAUUGGAACUGUGUAGUUCCGGUUUUGGAUACCUUAGUUCCGGAACUCUUACGGUUCUCCGAAAAGUUUCAAGAUAUAGACCAAGCUAGUAAAAUGGAGAACGAAAUCGCAUCUAAAGCUGUGGAACGAUGGCAAGACAGUGAGGUAGAAGCAUUCCUCAAUAUCUAUUCAGAGGAUGGCAUUCAGGGUUCACGUCGGAACACUGAGGUGUAUCAGAUCAUUUCCUUGCGUUUAGCUCAGCGGGGGAUAUACCAUACUCCAAAGCAAUGCAGAGAAAAAAUUAAAAAACUGAAACAAGAUUACAAAAAAGCCAAGGAAAUUAGCCAGCAAAGUGGCGGCUCAAAUAGACGAACCAGCAAGUGGUUCCAUUCCCUUGACUUGAUUCUGGGCAACAGACCUACACAUUUGGAAGAUGUAGUUCCAGUUGAUGAUAAGGCGUGGAAUGCCAUAUCGGAUAACGUUACCAUGACCAACAGUCUUGAUUUAGAUAUUUCAUCUGCAGAAGUAUGUCCACACAGAACAUCACACCCAUUUCCUGAUGAUGAAUUAGACCACCCUGAGACAAAGGCUCAAGUGAGGGCAGACAAAUGGACACACAGAGAGGUGCAAUCCUUACUCAACAUCUACGCUGAGAAUGAGAUCCAGAGGGAGUUUGGCAUAUGGCGGCGCAACGAAAAGGUGUACCAGAAGAUUUCAAUGCGCUUAGCUGAGCUGGGUAUCUACCACACCUCAAAGCAUUGCCGGGAAAAGAUAAAGAAAAUGAAACAGGAUUACAGAAGAAUUAAAGAACAGGAGAACAUCGGAGACCCCAGCAAACGUCCAGGCAAGCCUCGAUGGUUUGACACCUUUGACGCAAUCCUGAGCCACAGGCCUGAAUAUGUACACGUGUCGGGCACAAACCAUCAUGAGACUUUGUUGUUGGAGGUUAUGAGUGAUGACGACAGCAGAUCCAACAGUAAUAAUGAACAAGAAUCAUCUGUGGAAGAUGAGCACACUAAACCCAUUCACCUCAUAGACCCCGGCUUGAUUGAUUCGCCAGGGACCUCAGGCUGCUGUGAUCCUAUCUCUCCUUCCCCUUGCCCUGUCUCACCCUCUCUCGGUCUUAUCUCACCAUCACCGGAUCAGAUCAAAGGAAAAAGGAAAAGGGAUUCCGAUUUACUGGAAGUGAUGAGGGAGAUGGAGACAAGGGACUCUGUCUUCCUGGAGACGAUGCGGGAGAUGGAGGAAGCCCACAUGGAUGUCCUGAGGCAGGAGCUUGACCAGCGGGAACGCUGCUUCCAAAUGCUUUUGGCGCACGACGUCCAGGAGGCCGAGGCGCGCGAGAGGGAGUUCGCCCUCCGACGGGAAGAAGUAGCUGAAGCGAGGCGGCAGCAGGAGGCUUUUCAACAGGGCUUCCUGGCCGUCCUCAACCGGCUCGUCCAGGUCCUGGACAAGAGAGACAGUCCUGUGCCACCACCACUCGACUAGAGCGGAAAUUUUCUCCCCGCGUACCCCCUGAACCACUUCGCGUACCCCAGUUUGGGAACCGAGGGACUAGAGGACUGCUUGUGCCUUUGUAAACUGAUCCAGGGUAUAUUUUACAUGUAAAGAUAUUGGAGUUAUUUAGAAAUAGUUGUUGCUUUUUUAUAAAAUAGAAUGGAUUUUGCAGUUUGCUUUG